CCAAUAUCUAUCUCUAUCUCUUUAAAAUUCUUCUCAAUCUCAAUUUCAUUCAAUUCCAAAUUUUUCUGCAAAAUGCCAACCGAUUCAGAAUCAGCCACGCUUCUUGCCUGUACCCGUUUAGCCACCCUCACACCUCACCUCCUUCCCUUCAACAAUCAACCUGCCGAUCACCUUCUUCCUCACCGUCUCUCGGCUCAGUUACCGGCGGCAAACCUCAACGGCACGUUAACCAUCGUUGAUGAGAGAACUGGUAAGAAGUACCAAGUUGAAGUUUCUCAAGAUGGCACAGUUAAAGCCACUCACUUCAAGAAGAUAUCGACCAGGAAAAAUGACAAGGGACUCAAGCUAUAUGAUCCCGGCUAUUUAAAUACAGCUCCUGUUAGGUCAACAAUUAGUUAUAUUGAUGGUGAUGAAGGGAUUCUUAGAUAUAGAGGCUACCCAAUUGAGGAGUUGGCAGAGAAAAGCACUUUUAUGGAAGUGUCCUAUCUCAUAAUGUAUGGAAGUUUACCUACCGAAAGUCAGUUAGCUGAAUGGAAUUUCACUAUAUCUCAGCAUUCAGCUGUUCCACAAGGAGUUUUGGAUAUCAUACAAUCAAUGCCUCAUGAUGCACAUCCUAUGGGUGUACUAGUGAAUGCAAUAAGCGCUCUUUCUAUUUUUCAUCCUGACGCAAAUCCUGCUCUUAUAGGUCUUGAUAUUUACGACUCAAAGGAAGUGAGAGACAAACAAAUAGCACGGAUUAUUGGAAAGAUUACAACAAUUGCUGCUGCAGUUUAUCUUAGAAUGGCUGGAAGGCCACCUGUGCUUCCAUCCAGCGAACUAUCUUACACACAGAACUUCCUUUACAUGCUUGAUUCUUUAGGCAACCGGUCAUAUAAACCAAAUCCUCAGCUAACUCGUGCACUAGACAUUAUCUUCAUCCUGCACGCAGAACAUGAAAUGAACUGCUCUACAUCUGCUGUCCGACACCUUGCAUCAAGCGGCGUUGAUGUAUAUACUGCUAUUGCUGGGGCUGUUGGAGCUUUAUAUGGACCACUUCAUGGUGGAGCUAAUGAGGCUGUCCUCAAAAUGCUAAGCGAAAUAGGAACUGUUGAAAACAUUCCAGAAUUCAUUGAAGGUGUCAAAUCCAGGAAACAAAAGCUCUCUGGUUUUGGACACCGAGUUUACAAAAACUACGAUCCCAGGGCAAAGGUCUUAAAAAAACUGACAGAGGAAGUGUUUUCCAUUGUUGGCCGGGAUCCUCUUAUUGAGGUUGCAGUUGCUUUGGAGAAGGUCGCACUAUCUGAUGAAUAUUUCAUCAAGAGGAAGCUAUAUCCAAACGUUGACUUCUACUCUGGAUUAAUUUAUAGGGCCAUGGGGUUUCCACCCGAGUAUUUCACAGUUCUAUUUGCUAUCCCUCGAAUGGCUGGGUACUUGUCACAUUGGAGAGAGUCGUUCGAUGAUCCUGAUACAAAGAUUAUGAGACCUCAACAGGUUUAUAUUGGAGAAUGGUUGAGACACUAUACGCCAAUCAAUCAAAGGACUGCAUCAAGUGAUGCCGACAAGCUUGGUCAAGUAACAAUAUCAAAUGCCUCAAAGAGGCGGCUCGCUGGAUCUAGGAUAUAGCCUCUCUUGUCUCAAAGUGAAUGCAAAAAGAUCAGAAGGAUGAUGCAAGAGGUGCAUGUUUUUACAUAAAUAAUGCAACUGCUGUUCCAUGCCCUUCAAUAACCUAAUGGAAGAAUGACACCGGCGAGUUUUGUUCUUUUUGUGAAGCCUAUUUUGUUAAAACUAUUAAAGGGAAUAAUUAAUAGAACAAGCAUAGUUUAAAGAUCUCAUGUGUAGUAAUAUGUAUGAAUGAUUAGCAAAUGAGUUUCUGAUGUAUGUUUAUGCCAAAGUAGUAAAUAGAAUUUCUGGUGAUUGGUUUAAUAAUAUAUAACUAUGUGAUAUAUUGCUAGGUAGAACUGAUAUGGUUUGGCUAAGGAAGGAAACCAAACCGAACUGUUACAACAAUUCGGUAAAACUGAAUCCAACCAAACUGGUAUAUAAGUUAAGUGCAUUGGUUCUGAACCGAAGUGGAACUACCUUUACAAAAAAUCAAACUAUACUUUUUUGAACUGAACCGAUUCUUUGAUAAUCGAACAGAACCAAAUUGAUAUUAUUAACUGAUAAUUAGUACUAUAAAAAAAAAAAAUAUUAAAAAGAAAACCAAAUCAAAUAUUAAGACUUAGUUAGGAAC